GCAGCUGUUUAAGACUGCUAAAGUUGUUUCUUCCUAUACUUUAGAAACUUUAAAACAAUCUAAAAAAUGGGUUCCGUUCAGAGUUUUAGGGAAAUGUGUGACGGCCCCAAAAAUACAAAUGUGCGAAUUAGUCUUCCAGCUAUUUGCUUUGUUUGGCAAAUAGCAAUGAUUAUCCUUUUUGGUGUUUUUAUCCGGUACGAUGGGGAGUCGGACGCACACUGGGUAGAGCUCAGGAAACACGAGAAUAUUUCGAGUGACAUAGAAAAUGACUUCUACUUCCGAUAUCCAAGUUUCCAGGAUGUGCACGUGAUGAUCUUCGUUGGAUUUGGUUUCUUGAUGACAUUCUUAAAGCGCUACAGUUUUGGCGCCGUGGGGUUUAACUUCCUAAUCGCGGCGUUCGGACUCCAGUGGGCGCUUCUGAUGCAGGGCUGGUUCCACUCUUUGGACUACACAGAUGGAAAGAUCAAAAUUGGAGUGGAAAAUUUGAUCAACGCAGACUUUUGUGUGGCCGGGUGUUUGAUCGCCUACGGAGCGGUGCUGGGUAAAGUCAGUCCUGUCCAGCUCAUGGUGCUCACUCUGUUUGGAAUCACUCUUUUUGCUGUUGAAGAGUUCAUCAUCCUCAGUCUUAUUCAUGCCAGAGAUGCUGGAGGCUCCAUGGUCAUCCACUGUUUUGGAGGUUAUUAUGGACUCACCAUCUCGUGGAUGCUCUACCGACCAAACCUGGACCAGAGCGAUCGUCUGCAUGGCUCCGUCUACCACUCUGAUAUGUUUGCCAUGAUUGGUACACUUUUCCUGUGGAUGUUCUGGCCUAGCUUCAACUCCGCCAUCACUGACCACGGAGACGGCCAACACCGAGCAGCUAUUAACACGUAUUUAGCAUUAGCCUCUUGUGUACUCACAACUGUGGCGAUCUCCAGUCUCACGCAAAAACACGGCAAAUUAGACAUGGUGCACAUCCAGAACUCUACUCUAGCUGGAGGCGUGGCUGUGGGAACGGCUGCCGAGUUCAUGCUGAUGCCCUAUGGCUCCCUGAUCGUCGGAUUCCUCCUUGGGAUCAUCUCUACACUGGGUUUCGUCUACAUCACUCCUUUGAUGGAGAGACAUCUUAAAAUCCAAGACACGUGUGGAAUCCAUAACCUCCAUGCGGUGCCUGGGCUCAUCGGGGGAAUCGUGGGAGCCAUCACAGCUGCGGCGGCGUCCGAGAGCGUCUACGGUCAUGAAGGACUCAUUAACACCUUUGACUUUGAGGGUAAGUUCAAAGACAUGGUGCCCACCCAACAGGGAGGACAUCAGGCUGCGGGCAUCUGUGUAGCUCUGUGCUUUGGCAUCGGAGGAGGACUCAUCGUUGGGUUUAUCUUACGUUUACCCAUCUGGGGGGAUCCCGCUGAUGACAACUGCUUUGACGACGAGCCGUACUGGGAGGUACCAGACGAUGAAGAAAGCAUUCCCCCAAUUUUGCAGUACAACAACCACAUGAGGAACAAGGAUGUAGUGGAGUCAAAUUUUAGCAUGGAGCAGAACUGACACAAUCCCUGCCUAAAUGUUGAAGAAGUGAAUUUCAGUAUUUCCAUAAAAUUCUAGAUCCUUUUUGAUUGAAAAAAUAUGUUUUAUGAAGCUGUGUUUUAAUGUUAAGAUUUCAGCUCAGACU